GGCUGCCGGUGGUCGGUGAGGCGCCGGCCGGUUCCGCCUCGCGUGAGCCCAGCCGGAGCCCGGGGGGGGACGCAUCAUGUGCCAGGCGGAACCCCGGUGCUUGAAGGAUGCCCCUGGGAGGUCUCGGUAGGCACCGAAGGCCUCAAACUUUGGUAGGCGUGAGAAGCGAGGGAGUUGGGCUUGUUCCUGACAGCUCCUUCAAGGAAACGUGGCUCCAGCUUCCCAACGGCUGAAAGCCCCCGGCUGCCGUCGGUGCUCCCGCCCGGAGGUGAGGCCAGCCGGGCAGAAGCGCUCCCCCGGCCCUCCGCCUUGGAGCUGGUGACCGUGCUGCUGGUGAUGGAAGGCCACGAAAGGGACUUGGCACUUGUCUGGUUUUACGCGGUGGCCUGAAGUCGCGGAGGAUGACCUAGCACUUCGCUCAACAAACUGGGCCACGUUCACGGCCAGGUUGACUUGAAAGAACCCUAGUGGUGGGACCAGGUCGGGAGCGAAGCGCGUCCUGACCUGCGUGUGUCUGCUCGCAGAUAGAUUCUUUUUAAGAGACUUUGCGUUGCUGGAGCAGGCCUGGAUCUUUUAGCAUCCACCCGAGCUGGAAGCAGCUCCUAGUUCUUUCUGUUUUGUUUUUUUUUAUUCAUGUUUGUACAAUCUUCUGGAUCUUUUUUCCAAGAAGGAGUAAAAGGGAGUGUUGGAAACUCACAGACGGGAUUAAAACCCUGAGCGCUUAAGGAAGGCAGGGGAGGGAACUUAACCCAGGAUGGAUAUGCAGGAGCCGCAGCAGCUGGGGAUGUUUGCCGAGAGCGAGCUGAUGUCUGUGGGGAUGGACACCUUCAUCCAUCGCAUCGACUCCACGGAGGUCAUCUAUCAGCCGCGGCGGAAGAGGGCCAAGCUCAUCGGCAAGUACCUGAUGGGAGACUUGCUUGGCGAAGGCUCGUACGGCAAAGUCAAGGAGAUGCUGGACUCUGAAACCCUCUGCAGGAGAGCUGUGAAAAUACUGAAGAAGAAGAAGCUGCGCAGGAUCCCCAACGGGGAGGCAAAUGUGAAAAAGGAAAUUCAGCUCCUGCGACGAUUACGGCACAAGAACGUUAUCCAGUUGGUAGAUGUGUUAUACAACGAGGAGAAGCAGAAAAUGUAUAUGGUGAUGGAGUACUGUGUGUGUGGGAUGCAGGAGAUGCUGGACAGUGUCCCAGAAAAGAGGUUUCCAGUUUUUCAGGCUCAUGGGUACUUUUGUCAGCUCAUAGACGGCUUAGAAUACUUGCACAGCCAAGGGAUCGUCCACAAGGACAUAAAACCGGGGAACCUCCUGCUAACAACCAAUGGGACGCUGAAAAUAUCUGAUCUGGGCGUAGCAGAGGCAUUGCAUCCGUUUGCAGAGGAUGACACGUGCAGAACGAGCCAAGGGUCGCCAGCAUUCCAGCCACCAGAAAUCGCCAAUGGCCUUGAUACCUUUUCAGGCUUUAAAGUAGACAUCUGGUCCGCAGGGGUCACGCUAUACAACAUUACAACGGGUCUAUACCCCUUUGAGGGGGAUAAUAUAUAUAAGUUAUUUGAAAACAUCGGGAAAGGCGACUUCACAAUUCCAGAGGAUUGUGGUCCUCCACUCUCAGACUUAUUGAGAGGGAUGCUUGAAUACGACCCAGCCAAGAGAUUUUCAAUACAGCAGAUAAGGCAGCACAAUUGGUUUCGUAAGAAACACGCUCAGGCAGAGACUCUGGUGCCCAUACCUCCCAGCCCAGAAACAAAGGACAAGUGGAGAAGUAUGACGGCGGUGCCUUAUCUGGAAGAUCUGCAUGGCUACAACGAGGAUGAAGACGAUGACUUGUAUGACAUUGAAGAUGAUAUCAUCUACACUCAGGAUUUCACAGUACCAGGACAGGUGCCUGAGGAGGAGGCCGGGCAGAACGGGCAGAGCCGCGGCCGGGCGCUGCCCAAGGCCGUCUGCAUGAACGGGACGGAGCCGGGGCAGCUGAGCACCAAAUCCAAGGCGGAGCGGCGGGCCAGCGCCUCCUCCAACCCCUCGCGCAAGGCCUGCUCGGCCAGCAGCAAGAUCCGCAAGCUCUCCACCUGCAAGCAGCAGUGAGCCGGGAGCGCCCGCGCUCCGCACAGCAUCCCAGGGCCUGGGCCGCCCGUGCCCCACGUCCUCGCCCAUCUCGGCGUCCUUCCUGGGAGCGGACUGUGCUUGCGACCCAAAAACCGAGGAAACCGACCGAGGAAAAAGCCCCCGCCUUCCCCGCGGCCCCCCCGCUACGGACAGCGCCAGGAGCUGAUGGGGCAAGACCCCCCCGACCACCCCGGACAGAGAAACCUCCGGCUGCGAGGACGCUGCCCCCGCCCCAAUCACUCUUUGCCAAUCAAGACACUGAUUCUGUUUUUAAUUUUGCGAUGGGAAGGGUGGGACGGGGCUGGGGGGCGGGGGGACCUGCGCCCCUCUCCCCGCCCUGGCUGUGUAGAAGUCGUGCAAAGCCAUUGCCGUGCACUUUAUGUUUUAGACUACUGUUAUAUAUUAUAUAUUUUCCUCUUUUUUUUGUUUAUAUUUGCGGUAUAUUUAGAGAUUCCUACACAUCGUGAUGUGUUUAAAAUAAACCAGAUGAGGAAAAAAAAACCAA